AUGGCCCGGAGUGAAGAAGUUUACAAUUUGUAUAAUGCUGUUUAUGCUGUGUCCCACACCUACCAUGAACCCAUUCUUCAACAAGUAGAGUCUCAGAUACCAGAAGAAUACAAAGGAAUAUUUACUGACUUGCUGGCCAAAACAAUAACUGUGGUCAUGGCUUUCAAGCUCACUACUCCAGGGAGAAGGAUGAGAGGGAUGCUGACAUCAGGGGUGCCUAACUUGGUCAUUCCCAUUUGUACCCUAAUCCAACUUAUUCUCUGUGGCAUCUGGUUGGUAAUAUCUCCUCCCUUUAUUGACAGAGAUAUACAAUCUGAACAUGGAAAGAUUGUCAUUAUUUGCAACAAAGGCUCAGUCAUUGCCUUCCAUGUUGUCCUGGGAUUGUUGGGUUCCUUGGCUCUGGGGAGCUUCACUGUGGCUUUCCUGGCUAGGAACCUUCCUGACAGAUUCAAUGAAGCCGAGUUCCUAACUUUCAGUAUGCUGGUGUUCUGCAGUGUCUGGAUCACCUUCCUCCCUGUCUACCAUAGCACCAGGGGGAAGGUCAUGGUGGCUGUGGAGGUCUUCUCCAUCUUGGCUUCUAGUGCAGGGUUGCUAGGGUGUAUCUUUGUCCCAAAGUGUUAUGUUAUUUUAGUUAGACCAGAUUCAAAUUUUGUACAGAAGGGCAAAGACAAAUUGCUUCAUUGA